AUGGAGGUGCAGUCAGGACCCUCAGGUGCACAAGACUCGCAGAAGAAACGAUUCGACGUGAAGAAGUGGAAUGCAGUCGCUCUCUGGUCAUGGGAUCUGGUAGUCGACAACUGUGCUAUCUGUCGCAACCACAUCAUGGACCUGUGCAUAGAGUGCCAAGCUAACCAGGGCUCAAACACCGCUGAAGAAUGCACAGUUGCUUGGGGAGUGUGCAAUCAUGCGUUUCAUUUCCACUGCAUAUCCAGAUGGCUGAAAACUAGACAAGUUUGUCCCCUGGACAAUCGCGAAUGGGAGUUCCAGAAAUACGGACACUAA